AUGGAUUUUGUAGCGACAGUUCUUGGGCUACAAUUGCCGACCCUGAGUGCGAGGGAUUGCCUCCACAAGCAAAGUCGCAAUUGCUCGUUGCGGGUUGGUCUAGUACCGGCGAAAGAAGAAAAGAUCGUGUGGGGAUAUGACGACGACAUGCUUGAGGUGCCGGAUAAGGCCGAAUGUGACGAUGAAACGGCCAGCACUCUUUCCGAGUGCGAGUCCUUCACAUCUUCUUCCGGAUCAUUGACUUCUUGUGUUACAUUUGCCACCCCUUUAGUUACAGCAACAUAUUUGCGACCUGUAACAGACAAGCGAGAGAAAGAGGUGCUCUACUACCAAGACGCUGACUACAGACAAUUUCGCAUGGAGUACAGGCAGAGCCUGAUGCGCAGACGGCCUUCAGUAACCUUCUCUAGCAAUGUCGUGUCCCAAAUACACAAGCUCCCAGCAGUGGAGAACAAAGAUGAGGUAUACUACUCAUCUGCAGAGCUCAAACGAUUCCUGGAAGAGUUUAUCAUCUCUCUGGAUCAGAAGCAAAGUUGUUAA